AUGCUCUCCAGUUCUCGUCAGGCGCUAGCCCGUGCCUUCAUUCUGAUAUCUCUCCUAUCUUCUUCAAGUCUCCUUGUCGCCGCCGAAACUCUGCAAAGCGAUUCGAUCUUGCAUUAUGUGCCCAGUCUGGCUGGUAAUGCCAUCAUUGCUGGCUUCUGGGCGGUUUGGUCGAUCCUCAUCUUCUUCCACGUCUUCCGUACUCGUGCCUGGUGGGCUCUAUGCUUACCUUUUGGUCUAGCUUUGGCGGCCAUCGCCUAUGGUAUUCGUAUCAAAGAGAGGACCAACCAAUCCAGCUUAGGCCUGUAUAUCGUCAUGUACCUCAUGAGCGUCGUCGCCUCUCCUGCUUGCAUCCUGGCCAUGGGCUACAUCACCUUUGGACGUAUGGUAAUGUCUCAGAGGAGCCCGCUGUCGAUCUUGCCGCCUAGACUGUACACUCUCAUCUUUGUCUUUUCUGACAUCUUCACCGUCUUGGUUCAGGCUGCUGGCGGAGGGAUUCAGGCUUCUGGUGCCGAUCAUGUCGACCUCGGAGUCAGUAUCUUCCUGAUAGGAGUUGCCCUUCAGGUCGGCUCCUAUCUCUUCUUCUGUGCCUUGGUCAUCGAAUGUCACAUCAAGCUGCUCCGAAUGGACCGUUCCUACUCUCUCCGUCGAGCAUUCUGCUUCAAGGGCGAGCAUGCCGACGAUCCUGCGACAUCUACUGCACGCCUCUUCUUGAUCCUCUACUUUACCUCGAUCUUCAUCAUCAUUCGAUUGACCUACCGAACAGUAGAGAAUGCUGAAGGCUGGACUGGAACACUCAACUCUACUGAGAUUUACUCUUUCCUGUUGGAUGCACUGCCGCUGCUCUUGGGUACGAGCAUCUACAUUUUCAUCUGGCCUUCGAAGCUCCUUGCCCAGAGCACACCCACGGACACUGUCAGGCAGAAGCUGCAGGAGUGGCAUCAGAAGCGUAACACCAAGGAUGUGGAAGUCGCUUCUACCUAG